AUGAACGGUGGACCGAGAAUAUCAUCAAUAAUUCGGUCAUGUGAGCGUGAAAUCUCUCCUAUAUUAGAAGGGUUCGGAUUAAUAUUUCGUAGUCAGUUGGGUUAUGAAGGACGCAAGGUUGGGAAGAAAUUAUCUCGCAAAUGCCUUCAAAUAGCAGUAAAUGGGGGAACUAUAAUUGAUCCUCAAAACAAAGCAAAGUCAAUAAGCCCAGUAACAGAUGUAUUGGAGCGAGCCCAUGUUGUAGCAACAGGAAUCAAAACAUUUGCACAACUUCUAUCUCAAGGGCUUGUACCUGGUAUGGGAGGUUACACUAUCAAUUCUGAAGGUGAAAAAGUAUAUGGUUCAAGUUCAUUCAAAGCUCCUGAUGUUGUGCAAAAUUUAUCUAAAGUAGCUGAUCUAGUCAAAAGCGGAGCAAUGCAGCUUCCUUUAGGAGGUCUUCCAAAUUUACUUAAACUGGGGGAACUUGCUACUAAAGCUAUAGACACCUCUAGUCCGUCUCCAUUAUUCUCAGAAUCUUUUAGAAGAGGUAGAAAAGUGAAGCCUAUCGAAGUCGAAACAUCAUCAGCUCAGCCUGUUGAAUCAGAUACUGGACUGACUCCAGAAGAAGAACAAUUUCUCAUCAAAGCUGCUGAAUCCGUAAAUGAUAAAGAGGCUGUGAAUAAAAUUUUAACGAAAAAGUCAAAUGUUUAUCGCCCAAGUUUGCCUGAUGACUUCAAAGUCGAAGAAGAAGAUCGUUCCGCUAUUCUUGCAAAUAGCAAAGAGAGCAAAGUCCCGUCGAGUCGUAUUGGCAGAUUUGCAAGCUUCGGUCAGCUAGCAAUAGGGUUAGCUGGAGGCGCUGCCGCGGAAAUUACGCGCAGAACGUUUGGCAUGGGAGAUGCUGAUACUAAAAGCCCUUUCUUAUCAACAGCUAACGGAGAUAGGAUAGUUCAAACUCUUUGUAGAGUUCGUGGAGCCGCUUUAAAGUUGGGGCAAAUGCUUUCAAUUCAAGAUCCUGAAACCGUUUCUCCGGCUUUGCUCGAAAUUUUUGAACGUGUUCGUCAAAGCGCCGACUUCAUGCCCAGUCGCCAGGUGAGCCAGCAAAUGGAAGCAGCUUUUGGUGAGAAUUGGAGAGACCACUUUGAGUCAUUCGAGGAAAGGCCGUUUGCUGCAGCUUCUAUUGGAGAGGUCCACAAAGCAAUUCUAAAAGAUGGAAGAGCCGUUGCUGUGAAAAUUCAAUAUCCUGGAGUCGCUGCAGGCAUUGACUCAGAUAUUGAUAAUCUUGUGUCUGUUCUAUCUGUCGGAGGUAUUGUCCCUAGCGGAAUGUAUUUAGAUGCGUUUGUCGCGGUAGCCAGAAGAGAGCUUCGCCAAGAAUGCGAUUAUCUGAGAGAAGCAAGAGCAAUGAGAGAAUUCAAGAAGCUUCUUGCAGGCUCCAAUGACUAUUAUGUUCCUGAGGUUAUCGAUGAACUUUCAACAGAUCAAGUUCUCACAACAGAAUUUAUUGUUGGUAAGCCAGUGGAUAAGUGCUUGAAUGAACCACAGGUUGUUCGGGAUUACAUUGCUGGCAAGUUCAUUGAACUCUGUCUGAAUGAGAUUUUCGUUUGGAGAUUUAUGCAAACUGAUCCAAACUGGUCGAACUUCUAUUUGGGUGUACAUCCUACUACAGGCGAACCCCGUCUAAUCCUUCUCGAUUUUGGCGCUUCUCGUUCUUACGGAAAACAAUUCGUUGAUAAGUACAUGAAAAUAAUAAAAGCCGCUUAUGAUUCGGACGAUGAGAAGAUCUUAGAGUACUCUCGUGAUAUUGGCUUCUUAACGGGAUACGAAAAUCAGAUCAUGAAUGAAGCUCACAUAGCCUCAAUUAAGAUCAUCAGUGAAACUUUAACCAGUGAUCAUCCUUACGACUUCAGUCAGCAAACCCUAACAAAACGAAUUCAUGAUAUGAUUCCCGUUAUGUUGGAGAAUAGACUUACUUCUCCUCCGGAAGAAAUCUAUUCAUUACAUCGCAAAUUGGCUGGUUCUUAUCUGUUAGCUGUUAAAUUGAAAGCAACUGUGUCUUGUGGAGGAUUGUUCCAUGAGAUUUACUCCAAAUACAAAUUCGGUGAUGAAUCAGGAACCAUAGAUAUCGAUAAUGUCAAAUAG